GCAAAUCAAGCUUUCAAGUCCACUGUCAAUUCGCUCAUUCAUUGGUCGCAUGUCACCAUUGCAUCCCUGACUGAUCAGAUUGAUAAGAUAAAAAUUGGUUCGGGAAUCGCGUCGUCGUAAGCUGCGUAUGCGUACCGGCAUUUCUAUUACUUAUUAUCGCUUGUUGUUGAUUAUCUUGGCGCCUGAAAUGAUAAAUACUUGAAUGCUAUCCGUCCUCCUCUGGUCCUGGCUUUUUCCUCCAUUUUGGUCACUGUUCUUCCUGACCUCAAGAAUAGUAGCCGCGAUGAAAUCGAAAAUGCUUUCACCGACUCUAAUUUUUGCUCCGCUGUUACCCCUAUUGGUCAGCGCUAGUGCAGUGCCUGAUCAAUCACCACUGUUACUUCAAACAUCCAAUGGUCCCAGUAUAGAACACGCACGCGCAAAUGCACCCGAGAUUUUUAAUACAAUUCAUUCGUCUAUGCGGCAAUGGGGAUCUUCUCUGAAGCAUAAUGGGAUGUCCUUUUUCCCAGCAACAGUACCUAAAGGAACUCUCUUUUACCAUGGAACCCACACACCCGAGCCGGUUGAGGGGAUGGAAUGGUUAGCUUUCGAAAUCGAGCAUGCAGAAGCAUUUGCACGUCCAAGAAGAGGUCGAGGUCCUGGAGGUCCUGGAAAUCAUGGUCCUGGUAAAGGGAAAGGUCCUGGAGGGAAACCUCCUGGGGGACCGGGAAGAGGUCCUCCUCCUCAUGCGCGAAUGGACAACCAUCCCAGACCCAAGCCCGAGCACGAUAAUAAUGUUCAUAAUUCAGAAGAUAAAGAAGAAGAUAGCCGCGGUUAUCUCCACACGUAUCGUACCUCCAAGCCCCUCACCAAGCUCAUCUACAUUGACGGAAUGUCCGCUGGAAAAACCAGCAUGGGAACCCUUGAUUCUACAGACUACAUUAUUCGCAAUCUUUCUCCCACUUCAACAGAGCCGAACAAUGAUUGGAUCCGUGCAGCCGAUCUUUGUAAAAUUGGAGAGGAAUAUGGUAUUGAAGGAGUUCUUCGCAUGGAAGCGGGAUUUGAAAUUAUUCUCUGUAGUUUCAAAGAUGGGCUUGAGUUUGUAAGUGCUUCUCAAAGAGACGCCAAAUCUGGGGGCUUUGAUAAUGGAAAGGAUGAUGUGAGCCAUUUUGAGUAUGUGAGGGCCCUGGUAUAUAGGUAUCAGGGCAUUAUGGGUGGAAGAGUGGAAGUCGAUUAUUCUUCUAUGAUUUCUGCCUUCUUUUACCCUCUCAAUAUUACUAACCCCGAUCCUUCUCGUUCCGAACUUCCUAGAUUGGUCGAACCUUUCGAAUCAGGUGAUUUGGAGAGAAUCCGCUCUGAUGUUCUGCAACUUUUCAAAUCUGGAGAAUACGAGAAAAGAGAAACGAUCAAUUGGCAAAAUGUCGUGGACAUGAUUGUCACAAGGUAUUCGGAUCGUCUCAAGUUUAUGGUUCAAAAUGAGACGUCAGAAGCGGUGUUACUGUCGGAAAUCAAAUUGCUGUUGGAUGCGCACACGGAUUAUAAGAAGAUUGAUAUUCCUUCCUCGAUUGAGAAAUGUGCGAGUCACUAUCUAAGACCGGUGACACCGAAAACGGAUGCAGAUCAUUUAAUUCAUGCUGCUAUUUUGAAGGUGUCUCGUGAUAUCUGCAGUACUUUGUUUGAAGUCAGGGAAUUAAUAAGCAGUGAUGAAAAUGGUGCAAAAGAGGAGGAAGGAAAACAAUUGAUCAAAGAAUUGAUCAACGAAUUGGAUUGGACUACUUGGCUGGAAUGUGGAAAGUGUGAUUAUGAUGAGGUAUGUUUCGUGGCAAUCUGGCCCUGGGGAGGCUUGGAAGAUCACGCUUCUCCGGGGUGUAUUAAGAGGGGUGAUAUGGGUGAUCGAAGGGGGUACUGGGAUUGGGGACAUUAGCGUCUGGGGUAAUUUUGAAAGUCUAGAUACCUGCAGACUUUUGACUGCUGGAUAGAGGAGAGUGAAGGGUGGAUAUAUGGGUAGAUUUGUAUUAUAGUGACAGCAUUCGGGAUAUAUACACGAUUGAUUUAGUAUUAAUAUGUUUCA